AUGUUCAAGAUAAUGGAUGACAACGGCGACAAAAAGCUUGACAAAUAUGAAUUUGGGAAGGGAUUCAGAGAGUUUGGAUGUGAACUGACAAAGGAAGAAGUGGCCGAGUUGUUUACCAUUUUUGAUCGAAAUGGCUCCGGAUUCGUUGACUUUGAAGAUAUGCUCUGCACGUUGAGACAGCCGAUGAGACAGUGCCGGAAGGACCUGAUCACGAUAUCCGAUUUGCGCGGAGUCUACACUGCCAAAUACCAUCCAAAAUUCAUCAGCGGCAAGAUGACCGAAGACGAGGUCUUUGCCGAGUUUCUGCAGACCUUCACGCAAUCAACCAAGCCGGUGAAAGAGGUGAAGUGGGAAGAAUUCUUCAAUUACUACCACGGGAUUUCCUGCUCGAUCGACCUUGACGUGUACUUUGACGUGAUGAUGCGACAAGCCUGGAAACUGUGA